CGGAUGUAUCACUCUGUAAUCCAGACCUCGUGAUCACCACUGUGUUGACUGAUAUCAUCAUCAAGAGCUUCACACUGUGGUAAAUCUGAUCAGAGGAGACUUUAAAAAGCAAACCCAGAGAGACUUCACACACACACGCGCACACACCUCAGAGAGCUGACCAUGUGCGCUCUGCUAUGAGACAUCCUGCUCCAUGGCGGCUUGGCACCGGAUCACCAGCCUCUCUGCGCUGCUGCAGAUCGGUCUGUUGUUGUUGUUGUUGUCGGCUCGGAGCAGCCAGAAACCGACGGAGGAGACAUGCCAGUCCUGUGGGCCCCAGAGACCCCCCGUGGUCCUCAUUCCGGGGGAUCUGGGAAACCAGUUGGAGGCAAAGCUAGAUAAACCCAGUGUGGUCCAUUACAUCUGCUACAAGAAGACGGACACCUUCUUCACUCUGUGGCUCAACCUGGAGCUGCUGGUCCCUGUAGCCAUAGACUGUUGGAUAGACAACAUAAGGCUGAUUUACAACAAGACCACCCACCUCUCCUCGUCCCCGCCGGGUGUGAACAUCAGUGUCCCGGGGUUCGGACAGACGUAUUCAGUGGAGUAUCUGGACCCCAGCAAACGUAGUGUGGGCAUGUAUUUCUUCACUAUAGUGCAGGCGAUGGAAGAGUGGGGCUACACCAGAGAUGAUGAUGUCAGAGGAGCUCCCUAUGAUUGGAGGAAAGCCCCGAAUGAGAAUAAAGAGUAUUUCCUGGCGCUGCAGCAGAUGAUUGAAGAGAUGUCGGCGAAGGCCGGUGGGCCCGUGGUGCUCAUCGCUCACAGCAUGGGCAACAUGUACACGUUGUACUUCCUCAACCAGCAGCCACAGGCCUGGAAAGACAAAUACAUCAAAGCGUUCAUCUCUCUGGGACCGCCGUGGGGGGGGGUGGCCAAGACCCUCCGCGUUAUCACCUCUGGUGAUAAUAACCGCAUCCCAGUGAUCAGCCCGGUGAGGAUUCGCUACCAACAACGUACUGCUGUGUCCACCUCCUGGCUGCUCCCCUAUGCCCACUCCUGGCCCAAAGAUCAGGUCUUGGUGCAGACGCCCACCACCAACUACACCGUGCUGGACUACGAGCGCCUCUACUCGGACAUCGGCUUUGAGGACGGCUGGCUGAUGCGGCAGGACACGGAGCCGCUGGUGGCCGAGCUCACGCCCCCCGGCGUGGCCGUCCACUGCCUGUACGGCAGCGGCAUCAAAACGCAGGAGGCCUUCCAGUACUCCGACAAGUUCCCAGACGUGGAACCCACAGUGGUGAUGGGCGACGGGGACGGGACGGUGAACCUGCAGAGCGCCAUCCAGUGCAGGCGGUGGGUGGGGAAGCAGAAACAGCCUGUGACUUUAAGAGAGCUUCCAGGUAAUGAACAUGUGAACAUGCUGUUGAAUUUCACGACCGUGUCUUACAUCAAGUCUGUGCUGUGCCCGUGAUGCUGGCUUUAACUGAGGCUGAUGGCGGUAGCCCCCCCCCCCCCCCUACACACACACACACACACACACACUGUAAUAUUUAAACUGACACACACACACACACACACACACACACACACACACUCUGAACAUUGACUGCCAAAAUAUUCCUCUGUACAUGCCACAUUGCUUAAGAAAAAGUAUUUAAAUUUUGUAGAACUGCAGGAUUAAAUUAAUUUUAUAGCUAUAAUCAUACUACUUAUGUUAAUGUCAGGUUGUUUACUGUUAGGUAAGCUUCAAUACAAUGACUUUUAUAUUGCUCUCAGCUUUUAAAGAACCCGAGAUUUUACCUACUAAAUCCACGAUAUAAUGAUAAAGGCAGGGAUAUACUGUAUGUGCCACUUUCCUGAGUUAUUAAUCAAAGUCAGAUCUUUUUAUUAAUGUUGUGAAAACGAUUUCUAAACUUCUUUGACUCUAAUGUUGCUGAACGGUAGAGCACGUACUGUUUUCCUGUCUUUCUCAGUGCAACAGGUCACAUGUUCCAGUGCUUGUAUGUCUUCAAAAACUACUGUUUUUAAUUUUUUUUGUCAUAUAUAUUGUGAUCCUUUUGUUCUUUUUUGCAUGAAGCCAAAGUGUAAGUCCCCGAUAGUCUGAGGGCAUUGUUUUUAUCGUGUUGUGCAUAUUACAUGAUUCAUGAGCUGAAGGACUGGAAGCAUACCUCGGAUAUGGAAGUUCAUUUUAGUCACGUUGAGGCCGCUCAAAGGCCAAACAAAAAGAUGAGAAACGGUUUUAGACAAAAAAAAUGUGCUUCGUUCAUUGAUUUUGCUCUAUUCAUUGAUGCACCAGAGGUGCGGUUGAAAGCUCCAGAAAAAGCGAGUAAGUGGACUCCUAGUCACGAUAUGUUUUGUCAAACUCUUGAAAAUUUGACUCAAACAUUUAAAUAAAGAUUUGUGAAAAAUACAACUUACGUCAAGGUUUAAUUAAUAGCUUUUUCUAGGGCUUUCGACUGCAUCUCAUGGUCUUCAUCAGUGUUCAGUGGUUGUAGAGACAGCUCAGUUGUCCUGACCAAAGUUACAUGCUUUAUCUGCUGAUGAACAUCAUGAGAUGUAGGUCACUUUUUAUUUUGUCAAACUCAUGUUUCUGAGGUCAAGAAUGAGCUUUCAAGCUCAGUUUUCAAAGAGUUUAAACUAAUCAAAUUUUGCUGCUGAUUUUUUUUCUUCACUUUCCACUUCCUGUACAGUACAUUUUUGGUGGUUCUACAUAUUUUAUGCCCAGGUUUGGUUUGGACCAGGUGCCGAGACAGACUGAAUUUACACAGGAACAAAUGAGGGGCCUUUUUUUUGUUUGUUUUAAGGUAGAAAUCGGACCAUUUCUUCAUUUGUUAUUUUCUCUGCAGAGUUUAAAACCUGACUCCUUGUCCUUGUGGGCGUGAGCCAGAAUCUGUCUAACCUGAGUGAUUGUACUGUGCCAUCCAGCCCUCUCUGGGCCAGACCAAGAUGAUAUACCAAGUGUCAUAUCUGCUGUGAACUAUCAGAAAUGUGUGUCAUAAACGUGUUGCCUUCUAUAUAGUAAAAUAUCUCAAAUAUUCAACCA